AUGGCACCCACACGAACGCGUGCAUCCGCCAUUGGUGCGCCCUCCCAACCCGCGCAGUCGUCGCGCAAAGGCAAGAAGGCGUGGCGCAAGAACAUCGAUCUCACCACCACCGAGUCGUUCCUCGAGCAGCAAUCGGAUCCUCUGCGCGAAACCUCAUCCGAGGUGCUCUUCGUCGAAGAUCGUUCGGGCCAAGAAACGCUCGCUGCCAGACAGGCACGUACCAAACGGCCGCUUAAAUCUCUCGAGAUCCUGCAGAACUCUUACGGCCAUGCUGCUCUGGCGAAACCAGCACGCAAGCAUGACAAGAAGUUGGAAUCGCAAUUGCGAAAACUCGUCGGUCGUCAGCGCGUUUCCACACAAGGAGAUGCCACUGCUAUCGCACAGAAGAGCGACGAUGUGGUGAAAACGACUCUGCAUAGCGUCUAUGAUGUCUGGGGAUCUUCGGCCAAAGGGAAAUCCAAGGCAGACGACGAGAGCUGGAUCCCAGAACAAGUGGCCAAACCGACGAUCAAACAGCCCAAGACUUUGCGCCGAGAUGACUACCAAAACAUCACAUCCACGCUACCUGCCAUCGACGUGCCCCAUCCAGGAUCGUCAUACAAUCCGGAUCUCGAAUCGCACGAGGCGCUCAUCCAGCAAGCGUACGAGAUCGAGAAGCGCUUGGAGGAGAACGAGCAGAUGGCGCAGGCCGAACGCGAGCAGUGGCGGGCAAAGUUGGCCAUCAUUGUGGCGCGAGAAGCCGAGUUGCGAUUGCAGAAGGAUGACGAUUUGAAGCGGUACCGCGGCAUGGAGGUUGAUGUGCCAACCGACGGUGAAUCGGACGAUGAAUCUGAGCGACAAGGGAUGGAUUCCGACGGUGACGCUGAGGCGUCGGAAGCCAAGAGGAAAACUCGCGCUCAGCGAGCACGCGCCAAACGCGCGCAUCAACAACAGGCUGAAGCGGCGCGUCGAAAGCAAGCGCGUAUCGAAGCGGCUGCGAUCCUUCAUCUGCCUGCGCUGAAACGUCGACAAGCCCGACUCGCCACGGCGCGCGCGCAAGCCGCCCACCAACGUCGACUGCAAAAGCAAACGCUCCUCGCCAAACACGGCCUGCAAGGCCAAAAACUCGGCAAGCACACCGUUCCGCUCACCCGGAUCGAUGUGCAGACCUCGGACCAACUCACUGAAAGCCUCCGAACUCUGAAACCCGAAGGAAACCUGUUCAGAGACAGAUACCAACGACUCCAAGUCACAGGCAAGCUCGAACCCAGAGUCAAACAAUCCGCCUCCACAAAGCGCAGAAAGAAACUCAAAUCCUACGAAACCCAUGAUUACAAAAACUUCUCCUGA